CUUAGGCAAAGUCAAUGAGCAUUUAGAAAAUGGCUCCUUUGUUCCAAACACUCUGCUCACAUAUUGGUUGUGCAAAGAACGUUUAGAAAAAUAACAGUUCCAGCUUUCCAUGAGCUCCGUCCUACUGCAAGAGACAUGUCAGCAUCUCUUUCCAAACAAGCUCGAAGAAAAAAAUAUACAUAUGCUCAAUGUGAGAAGGCCUUUGGUUGGAACUCAGAUCCUGAUAGACCUCAGAAGAUUCAUACUGGGGAGAAGUUUUAUAAAUGUGAUGAAUGUGGGAAGGCAGUGUGCUACAAAUCUCUACUUAUUGACCAUCAGAAAAUCCACACUGGAGAGAAACCUUUUCAAUGCAAUCAAUGUGAUAAGAGUUUCACACAGAGUCCCAAUCUUGAUGUACAUAAGAGAAUUCACACUGGAGAGAAAGCUUAUAGAUGUCAUCAAAGCGGAAAAACUUUCACACAGUGCUCCAGUCUUGUUAAGCAUCAGAGAAUCCACAGUGGAGAAUGGCCUUAUGGGUGUAAUCAAUGUGGAAAAACUUUCACCCAGAGCUCCAGUCUUGCUGCACAUCAGAAAGUCCACAGUGGAGAGAAACCUUUUGAAUGUCAUCAAUGUGGGAAGAGUUUUAGACAGAGGUCCCAUCUUGCUACAUGUCAGAGAAUCCACACUGGAGAGAGGCCUUUUGAAUGUAAUCAAUGUAAUCGAUGUGUAAAGGCUUUCCAAUUCUGCUCCAGUCUUGCUUUACAUAAGAGAAUUCACACUGGGAAGAAAUCCUAGGAACUUCAUUCAUCAUGUGAGGCCGGAAUACAAUUAUUGUGUUCAUGUGACAAUAAUCUUUAACAAUCUUGGUUCAAAUUCAUGCAAUAGUCAUUAACCUUUUGCUGCAUUCAAUACAAUUGUCAGAGGCAACAUCUACCACAAGUACAUCUGUUCUAAAUUAAAUCUAAAUAAAGUAUUUGAUAGGUUUUCAAACUCCCCACCUGUUCUCAUCUGCAGGUAGGACAGAGGAAGGGGGAGUACAUCUGAUCACUGCAGGUGGGCUUCAGAGUAUAGCUCACCAACAGGACUUUAAAAGUUUCAAUCCUCUGAGGUAAGGAGAAGGGAGAAUCCACCCCAGGAAAUGUUUUCAAGGCAAGCUGGUGGAAUGUUGGAUAAGGAGGACAAUCAGUACACAUAGUACAUUCUGGAGUCUUACAGGAAUACACUGGGCACUAGUUUACACCUAGUGAAGAGGUGGUUAACAAAUGUAACUUUAGUAUAUGCCAAUGAUUAACAGAUAUGAUUUCAUGAUUUCCUAAAUGAUGGCAGAUGAAACUCACUUCUUAUUUAAAGUUUAACCCCUAAGUUUCCUUACUUUGACUGGGAAAGGUCAUAGUGCCUUAAACUGCAGCAUGAUAGAGUCUCAGAACACUGUCAGCAGGACUGGUGAGAGCUUUUCACAGGUUAAGUAAGAAGUCCAAAGGAAGCUCAAAGAGCUGUUCAGAGGAUUUUGCUCUAC